AUGGCUCCCGUUGACGCCCUCAUCAUCGGCGCAGGUCCUGCCGGGCUGGCUGCAGCUCUCGCCCUUGCUCGCCAGCUGCACACUGCUGUCGUCUUUGACAGCUCGCUCUUUCGCAACGCGCGCUCGACGCACAUGCAUACCAUACCAACAUGGGAUCACAAAGACCCCGCCGCCUUUAGGGCCGCGACGCGCAAGGAAAUCUUGGAGCGGUACAAGACAAUCUCCUUUGUGGAUUGCGAAAUUUCUCAGGUCGAGAGGACGAGGGCGGGCGACUUUGCGGCCACGGCUGCAGAUGGGACAAGAUUCACUGGCAGGAGAGUCUUGCUUGCGAGUGGCGUCACCGACUUGCCGCUCGAUAUCAAGGGAUAUGAUGAGUGCUGGGGUCGAUCCAUCUACCAUUGCCUCUUUUGCCACGGUUAUGAAGAGGCCGGAGAACCGUCUGCUGGAGUCCUUGCCCUCGGCGAAGUCUCUGUCCCUGCAGCAGCCAUCGCUCUCGCACGCAGUGCCAAGCAAAUCACCUCCAAAGCUGUCGUUUACACCUCGAACAAUCCUGCCGUGCAGACCGCCAUUGCAGAGCUCGUCGGCCAACACGAUGCCGCCAUCACAACAGACGACCGCGAGAUUGCUUCUCUCGCUCUUGGCCCCCAAGGCAGCGGAAUCACCAUUACCUUUGCAGAUGGAAGCUCGGUUCAGGAGGCGUUUCUUGUGCACAGGCCCCCUACGAAACUAAACGGCCCGUUUGCAGCGCAAUUAGGUGUCGAGUUGACGCCUGCUGGAGAUGUCACAGUAACGCCACCGUUUGGAGCCACCAGUGUCAAGGGAGUGUAUGCGGCAGGAGAUUGCGCGACGCCAAUGAAGAAUGCCAUGCAGGCGAUGCAUAUGGGGACGUUUGCGGGCGUGGGAAUUGCGCAUGAUUUGCAGGCCGAGGGGCCUAAAAUGUAA